GUACCUGAUACCCUUCAGGCCUCCUAACUAUCAUCAAUCAACCACAUCGCCGACAUAAUUAGAAAGUGACCCUCCCCAUUUUUCUUUCUUUGUCCUUAAGAAAGAAAGAGGAAAAGGACAUAUCGUUAAGCAUAUAUUAAUUACAGUGCAUCUACAUGUUAAGCAUGGAAGAGUGAAGUUGCUUUGUCUUCAAAUAUGCAGCCAUCGGCUAACAUUUUUGCAAAAUAUUGUAUAAUUAUGCUAAAUGGGUGAUAUUAUUGUUAGUGUCCUAAUCAUCUCCGAUUCAAUCAAUAGAUACCAUACAAAAUAACUAUCCUGAUAGAGCUUAAAAACAAGAGAACGAAACGAAAAUAAAGAGAGAAGAGAGUAAGAGACAUAUAUAUGGGACUCUCUCUUAUUAUUAUGAUGAGAAUUUGCCAUUGGCGUCUCUCAUCUCAUGAAUAAUAUAAUUUUGGUUAAUUAGAGACACAAGUCACAACCCCAACUGGCAAUUGGGUAACUAGUAAAGCUUUUUUUAUCUAUUUCUUUUGCAUUACACGAAAAGCUUAACAUCAUAGCAUAGAUUCACUAGUACUUUGCUAUUGACGUUGAUUAAUCUAAUAAUACACUAAAAAAGCAAGCUAUCACACUAAUUCUCCAUCCCUAGGCACCCACUUUACCGUCAUUAUAUGUUAUUUUACCCAACACAAUACCAUUAGUAGAUGGAUGAUCAUUCAUCAAUCGUUACUAUUCAUAAUUUCAAAAGAAACACCUUUGAACAAAGAAAAAAAAAUGUUGCAACUUAUUUACGUUAACCAAAUCUUUUAACUCUCACGCGCGUAUAUGAUUUCUUAUUUACUGUUCUCCCUUUCUCGUUAUAAUCAUAUUGUUAGCCCAAAAAAAGUGUGAGAAUUGAGAUUUCACUUGGUUCCCCCCACUUUUGAUUGUUAAUAAUCUAUGUUAGUUCCAAGGAAAUGAUUAAUCAACCCUCCAAAAUACAGUAAUCCAACUCCCCUAAACCCCCUUGCUAAAAAGGUGUAAUGAGCUGAUGUGGUUGGUACAGAAGUUCGGGUGUUGAGAUCAUCUCUCUAAUAUGCUUUAUUUCAUUCCGCAUUUACAGGUACAAUAGGACCUCUCAUAUCGACAUCGUGACAAAACAUUGUAUGUCGUCAUUGGUUCAACGCAUGUGUGAUCAAUGUGCUCAUUUUUUUUAUAGUUUGGUUAGUGUAUAUUCUUUAUAUUAUUCGUAUCUUGUUAUUCUACGAGAGAAUAUGUAUAAAAAAAAGUGUAAUGAGCACAUAUAUUGAAAAUUGAAUACAAGUCAUAUGAAAACUUUUAAAUGUUAUAGUCGGAGUAAAACGUGCUCCAUGUCUAUUACUAGUUUAUUAGUACAUAGUCAAAACCAGAAUUAUCGAAAUAAAUAAUAAUAAAAACCCAAGCGUGUAAUCCCCACACGCACCUACAAUCAAUAAUAUCUCUCCACGCGUCACCGGCCCAUUUCCCUGCAAUAGCAAACCAACGCCCUCGGCCCACCACAUUUCUUGUUUCCGCAAAUUAAUUUCUUCAAUUUUUUCAUAUAAAACCAAAAUAAAACCAGGAGCCAAAUUGCCCCGCAAGAUUCUUUCCUAAUUCCCAACCUUUCCCACUUUCUUCUUUGCCGCAUUUCAUCGAACACAUGAUCGGCUAACCACCGGCAACAAAGGGGGAAAAAUCCUCCGCCUCCCAACGGUGGUGCUAGCUCCUCCGCCGAGCCAAUCCACCACCGUCCCGCCAUCUCAUCCCUCCCAAAAGAAAAAAAAAAAAAACACACAAAGCCAUGAUGCAGACGGUGAAAUUCUACCUGGCGGAGCACCCGUCGAUCGUGAAAUUCCGGUGGAGCCACAGCCAAUCAUGGGGAUCCACCUGGUCCUUCCUCGUCACCUCAAUCGCCUCCUACCUCGCCGUCGCCACCUUCCUCCACCUCCUCCUCGCCCUAAUCUCCCGCGGCCGCCGCCGCCGCCCCAUCCCUCUCGGCCCGAUCCCGGCCAUCCACAGCCUCACCAUGGCCCUAAUCUCCGCCACAAUCUUCGCCGGGAUCCUCCUCUCCGCGGCCUCCGAGAUCCGAGAAACCCGCUGGUUCUGGCGCCGGACCAAAACCCCAUUCCAGUGGCUCCUCUGCUUCCCCAUCGGAACCCGCCCUUCCGGCAGGGUCUUCUUCUGGUCCUACAUGUACUACCUCUCCCGAUUCGUCCACAUGCUCCGCACCUUCGUCUCUAUCCUCUCCGCCCGCCGCCUCGUCUUCUUCCAGCUCUUCAACCACAUCAUCCUCACCGUCGUGUCUUUCCUCUGGCUCGAGUUCUCGCAGAGUUUUCAGGUCCUCGGGAUCAUGCUCGCCACCAUGGUCUACUCGGCGGUGUACGGGUACCGGUUCUGGACCGCGAUUGGGCUGCCGGGGGCUUGUUUUCCCUUUGUGCUGAACUGCCAGAUUGCUCUGCUCGGAGGGAAUUUGGUCUGCCAUGUCGGAGUUCUGCUGCUGCAUUUCAUGAAGGGAGGGUGUAAUGGGAUCGGAGCUUGGGUGUUCAAUUCGGUUCUGAACGGUGCGGUUAUGCUUCUGUUCUUGAAUUUCUAUGUGCGGAUGCAUAUCAUGAAGAGGAAGAGCAAGGUGAAGGAGGAGGUGGUUGUGGGUCGCAACAAUGGCGGUCAAAAUCAGAUUGCAGGUAGGGAUGACGAGGGUGAUGAGGAUAUCAAACUUAUUUGAAAGUGAGAAAAUUGAAAAAAAAAAAAAAAUGAGGGUUAGGGUUUAGGGGAAUGAUUAACAUUAAGAUAAAACGAAAAUGUGUAGGAUGGUCGCGGUACAACGAUAAAGUAGUUGUGUUUCAAUCUGUAGAUUUCGAGUUUGAAUCUCGAUUUCGUCGAUUGAUUUUCCACGUUUUAUGAUAGUCGAUCGUCUAUGGAAAAAAAAAAUAAUGUAUGAGGGUUUUGUGGGGGUUCAAGAGGGGAUUACCAAAAGUACAGUAACCAAAUUUUCUUGGUAAUUUCUUUCUUUUGAUCUUGUUUUGGUGAUUUUUUUUACCUUUUAUAUACAAUGUGAAUAUAUAGAUAGAUUGUUGCAGAGCUUAGAUUGUAAAAAUGUAAAGGUAGAGUUAUAGGGAAGUGAAGUUUGUAAUUUCCAGAGGUCCCCUAUCUAUCCUUGUUUACGUUUCCAGCUUCUUCUGUUCUUUCUUUGGUUUUCAAUGAUAAAAGAAGAAAGUGGUGUAAAAUGUUGGAGUGUAUCAUAAAGAGUAAAAUUUGUAAAUAUUAAUUUUUGUUGACUUAAAAGUACUACUAGUUACCCGUGUUUAUCAUCUAAAUCAUGCAAUAAUCAAUAUUGCAAAUCUGGGACCUCCAGUUUCAAGAUUAGUGGUAAACCAAGUUCUUGUUCUGUGGUAGUUUCACAAAUAUUGAUUGCUAGUAACUCUAGUAAUUCAUCAUAUUGUAUGAAUUUUGCAUAAAUAUUUCAUUUCCAUCAACACAGGGAGAAAGAAUAUAUACCUUAUUUUGGGAACUUGAACAAUUUCAGGGGAAUUGGGAAAUUUUGAAUAUUUUGAUGUCUCCAAGCGACUAUCCUCUCUCACUCAAGACUCAAGAGUGUGUACUGAUAUGAAUCUGGGAAAAUGGUAGUCAUUAUUAUUAUCAUCAUCAUUAAUAUAUAUUAUCAAAGUAUAAAGGUUUGAAUGAUUGUGUUGUAAGAUCCCCUACGUAAUUAGAAAUGCAUUUAUAAUUUGUCACGAAUAUGAAAAAUAAAACCGUUGCACAUCUAGUCACUUGUUAUCUAAUUACAACGGUAAGAACUUUAUUCGUAUAACUUAUGUUUCGAGAUUUGGAACUUGGUAUACAAGUGAUCGACUGCAACAUAUGUUAGUUUGAUCCUGCGAGAAAAAUUAUCUAAACUUAUGAAGAAAGGAAGUGGAAUUAUUCUAAAGGAAACAAGCAAUUUGUAGGAACUUAUUCUUAGCUUUGCUUUCAGGUGGUGGUAUCUGCAGAAAAGCUACCAAAAUCCUCUGUUUCUCUGCUGCUUCAAGUUCCGAUUGCUUGCUGCCAAAAAAGAAUGCAACCCAAGUGGAGACUAGAGAGUGGCAAUGGCAUCCAAAACUUUCGAGCAUCAGCAGCUCGCGAUGCAUUGGAAAGUAGGGCUGAAAAUUUGCUUGUUCCAUCCUUAUUUUUGUCUGACCCGUCCCAGAAGGGUCAAGAUGUAUAACCGUCUCGUCCCGUCCUUGUCUCCUUCUUGACCCUGAAGGGUUGGGACGGGACGGGUCGGGUCAGUGGGUUGACCCUAAUCAACACACUACUUUUUU